GUUUAUUUGAUAGGGACAAUACGCAUUAAUAAACAUCAGUACAAAAUGCGAGAUGUAAACAAGCCGGGUUGAAGCAAAAAUGCUAAUUUACAUCGUUAUUGUCUCCAGGCAGGUGACAUGAAACAAAAACAUUACAAGUCACAAUACACUACUACAAAUAUAAAACACAAAUAAUGACAAAUAUAUUUUGCUGUGUUCUGACUCAGUAAUGAAUCCUCCUGUUUUUACUUGUCCCGGGGCUUUCUCUCCUUUUUCUUCCUCCCAUACGAAGAGAUCCCUGUUCCCGUCCGAUGACGUCCUCACAGUGUCCGAGGGAGAAGAAGAAGAAGACGAUGAAAAUGAGGAUGAUGAAGUUGACCUGGAAAACCAGGAGGACCAGGCUUCUUCUAGCGGUGAAGGAAAUUGCACAGAUGAAGACGGAGAGACUGAGGAGCAGAGUGAGCGGCGGCCAGAGGGCAGCAAGACGGUGUUCAAAGUCACAUGUGGAGGUGUAGCUGGGACCUUACACCAAAAGCGAUUUGGAUCAGGGACUUGUGGGAAGAGUAUUCGUACGGAGACGAGGUGGUUGAGCCCCGUGGAGUUUGUGAAGGAGGCGUCAAGUCUGCCGGACGCCAGCUGGAAGAAAGACAUCGAGGUUGACGGAAGACCGCUCAGUGUCCUCAUAGAGGCAAAAAUCUUGAAGAUCGACCCGCCGCGGUGUUCUUGCAGACUGUGCAGUCCAGAUCAUAUAGACCUGGAGAAUCAGAAAAACGAUGAUGAGUGUUACGUCUGUAAAAGUGAAGAAGCAGCAGAGCUGGUGGUGUGUGAUCACUGCCCUCGCGCCUUUCAUCAGAGAUGUCACCUGCCUCAGGUAGACGACGCCACUUUGAGGGACAGCAGUCUAUGGAUGUGUACGUUCUGUGUUUUCCAAACCAACCACAAGUGCCGUUACAGUGAUAAGAUGGAGAUGAAAUCAGCCAUUCUCCGCAACAUAUCACAACACAUGCUGGAAUGUCAGUAUCUUCUCCUGUUUCUGUACAGUGCUGAUGAGGAACAAAAUUUUGCUUUAGACCCAAACCUCUAUUUGGAAAAUUAUUCCACUGUUAUCCAGACUCCGAUGUGGCUGGGCAAAGUAGUGGACAAACUCCAGACGAAAGAAUACCAGACGGUUGCAGAGUUUGUGUCCGAUAUCCAGCUCAUUUUCAGCAACUGUGCCUCAUACAACCACGCUAACAGUGAAUUCCUUGCUCUAGGCGACCGACUGAAGGAGUUAUUUAAUGGAGAAUUUAAAAAGGCGUUCAACAUCUGUGAACAGUAGCUAAUGGGAGAAGGUUCGAAGUAUGUAAAAUUACAAUAAUGGUAGAUUUUAGUGACCUGUCCCUUGUAUUUAGUUCAAAUAACCAGGGGAUUUUUUUACUUGUAUUGAAUCUUAUCCGUCUGAACUUGAAAGCUUUUUGCAAUGCAAGAUUGAAUUUGUAAAUGAAAGUGCUUAUAGGUCACACUCUAUGAAAGUGCAACAUUUGGUUUCUUUACAGUAUACACCCAGUAUUCAGUAACGUCACUACUGGUGAACAGUGGACAUGUCAUUUUCACUUUAUCCUCAUACGGAAACACAAUUCAAUAUAAUACUAUAUGAAUAUAAAACUAUGGGUUAACGUGUUUCCUUUAGUGACGUUUUUAAAAGAAAGAACCAAAGGUUUAAUAUUUCAGUGGUUUGCCUUCAGCACAAUAAUGUGUGAGUUGCUCCCAACGUUGUUUUUAUUGCCAUGUUUUUCUGAUAUGAAUGUACGUAAUAAAAAUUCAGAAUGCAUUUCCGGAGUCACGUGGGUGCAGCAUCCAAGAUGGCCGCAAGUUAGGGGAGCUCUCGUCCCGCACAUGCUAUUUUUGUGCUAUAUGCUAUAUUUGUUUUGUAAUAGUAGAAGCGGUGUAUUUGUGGUCGAGUCGAGGCUUAGAAGACAUGGCGACAUCGAAAUACUUCAAAACAUCUUCUCGCUCGUCUACUCGGAAAAGCCCGGCGCAUGAGGAUGACCGCGCUGCUGACGCUCCCCAGACGUCCGUAAAUGUGCCCGACAGUCUUGAGAAGUUUCUGGCAGAAAUUUCGAAGAUAAAUACUACUCUGCAGAGCGUCACAACUGACGUAUCGUCUAUUAAACGAACAACGGCGGAGCUGAGUACUACGGUGGCGGCCAUGCAGGGCAGGCUGGGAGAGGCCGAGACGCGCAUCGCGCAGUUGGAGGAGACUUAGGAACGACUGGUGAAGGAUGAGGGGAGCAGAGAUAAAGAGAAGGAGAUCCUGUGGAACCGAGUGCAAGCCCUCGAAAACCAAAGCAGGCGAAAUAAUGUGAGGCUGGUAAGACUGAAGGAGACCUUCGGCACCAAUGGGACGCUGCUUGACUGUGUUCGAAAGAUGCUGGCGGAAAGGCUCGGCGUGGACGUUGGCGGAGAGUGUGAGAUCGAGAGGGUGCACAGGCUACCGACACCGAUGCCGGACGUGGAUCAGCCUCCGAGACCGGUGCUGAUCCGCUUACUGAGGCAGUCGGCGAGAGACAAGGUGCUCGGUGCUGCCAAGGAAAAACGAGGUCUUGUCUGGGAAGAAUGUCGCCUGUCUGUGUUCCCGGACAUGUCCAGAGAGCGCAGAAGAGGAAGGCGUUCACACCGGUGAAGCGCAAAUUACACGAACUUGACAUCAGAUACACGCUGGCUUUCCCCGCGACGCUACACUUCAAAUGGAAAGGCAGAAACGUGAGCUGCAACAAUGUCGAAGCCGCGGAGAAAAUACUUAAUGAACAGAGAGGUGGAGGACCAGCGGACUGAGAUGAACGGAGUGAGGUGAGCUGAUGUUCACACUCUGAGAGAGACUGUGCGUGAUGGACUGUUGGGCCUCUGUGCGGGACGACGAGAGGCUUAUCCUGACGCGAAACGGUUGCCAUGGGAGCGGCGUUAAUCCCACGGACCUUACGCUUGUUUUUCUUUUCGUUUUGUUUUCUUUUGUUUUUCGACAGUGAGGAGUGUUCGGCACUCGCACUCCUGUUGCAUUAUUGCGUCCGGACACUUUUUGCACCAACUUUAUGGGUGGGUUCGGGUUGUUUUGUUUUACUGUGUGUUCGUUUUUCAUGUUCAAAAUAAGGCAGGUACAUGGCAGCAACUGGUCAUCACAGGGGACCAAAAUUGAUAGCAUUUCUUGUUGUGAAUGGUUGCGGACAGGCACUUAGAAUACAUUGUAGUUACUCCAUAUUCUUUCUCUCUCCUUCUUACUUCUUAUUGUUGUUGUUUGCUUGUUUGUUUGAAUUUUCUGAUCUAGAUUAACAUGUCUAGUAGAUCAGUAAGGUUUCUUUCCUGGAAUAUAAAUGGAUGUGGUAGUCCUGUUAAGAGGAGGAAGAUUUUGACAUUUUUGAAAAAUAAUCAGGCAGAUGUAAUUUUUGUAUAGGAAACUCACAUGCAGGGUCUGGAGGCAGAGAAGUUUAAAGCAGGUUGGGUGGGACAUGUGUUCCAUAGCCCGAUUUCAAGUAAACGUAAUGGUGUUCUAAUUUUGGUUCACAAGAACAUAAGUUUUAUUUUGCUAAAGCAAUCCAAAGAUGCAGAGGGGAGGAUUAUCUGUGUUGAAGCAGUCGUGGAGGGAGUGCCUCUUGUAUUGUGUAACAUUUAUUCGCCUACUAAGGGGGACCCUGGAUCUUUCCACGAGUUAAACAAAUUGCUGGGAGACACUGAGGGGGAGAUUAUCCUAGCUGGGGAUUUAAUGACGUUAUGGAUCCAGUGUUGGAUAGGAGUUCGUUCAAACCUCCUCUCCUAACGAAGGAGAGAGAGGCCUUGCAUAUGCUGAAUAGGGAUGUAGGCCUAGUGGAUAUAUGGAGACUGGCGAACCCAAAUGCGAAGGAUUUUACCUUUUUCUCCCAUUGCCAUAAAACGUUCUCCAGGAUAGACUUUUUUCUAAUUAGUGCUUCACUGACGAACAAGGUAGCGAACUGUGAUUAUAAAGGCGAUCUCCCUGACCGAUCAUGCACCUGUCGAGCUAGUUCUUAAAGCCACUGUGAGGGCUGAGAGGAGAGGUAGAUGGAGACUUAAUGUUGGGUUAUUGUCAGAUUCAACUUUUAGGAAGGUGAUAGCGGAGGAUUUGGCAACCUUUUUUAAAAUCAACAUCGGCAGUACUAAGGACAUAACUACUGUUUGGGAAGCCUCUAAGGCGUAUAUAAGGGGGAAAUUCAUAGCACAUGCCUCUAAGAAGAAGAGGGAGAAUCUUGCUAAGAUCACAGAGUUGGAGAGGGAAAUAAAGGAUAAGGAGCUAGACCUGUCAAAACAUUUUUCUGAGGGGGAAUUUCAGGAACUCUGCAAGCUUAAAUACUCUUUACAUGAGAUGUAUAAUAAAAAAGCAGAGUACGCACUUUAUAGAUUAAAAACAAGCUUUUAUGAAGGGGGAGAAAAGAUGGGGAGAUUGUUGGCGAGACAAUUGAAGGAAAAAAAACAGGGAAUACUAUACCAGUUAUAAAACAGGGGGAUGUGCAAAUCUUCGCUGCUAAUGAUAUUAAUAGGAUAUUCCGACAAUAUUAUGAAAGGUUGUAUACGUCUUCCAUGGCCCUCGACGCCUCACUGGAGGAUAUAGAGCAGUUUUUCCUGAAUAUAAAAGUACCAAAACUCCAACCUCAGGAGGCAGCUGGAUUGGACUCGCCCAUAACAGCAGCUGAAAUACGGACAGCGAUUUCCUCAAUGAAAAACGGGAAGUCACCAGGGUAUGACGGACUCCCGGUGGAAUAUUAUAAGGCUUUUGGAGUUAUAGUUGUACCGGUGUUGGAGAGGUUAUAUCAGGAGAUGUUUGAUAAGGGUCGUGUUGCUCCAACCUUUAAUAAAGCUGUAAUCUCAUUGAUUCCCAAACCAGGCAAAGAUGCAGCGGAUCCCUCCAACUAUAGACCUAUAAGUCUGCUCAAUCUUGAUUGCAAGGUUCUUACAAAGGUUUUGGCAACACGUUUACAGGUGGUUCUGCCCAGUAUCAUUCACCCAAAUCAGGUUGGUUUCAAGAAAAAUAGAACUUCGACUGACAAUAUUAGACUCUUGUUACAUUUGAUGUGGCUUAGUCAAUCCCAAGGUGUUCCUAUCACUGCCAUUUCUUUGGAUGCAGAAAAGGCCUUUGAUAGGGUGGAGUGGCCGUUUCUGCUCUCCGUCCUAUCACAUUUUGGUUUCAACUCUAAUUUCGUUAAAUGGAUAAAAAUAGUGUACAAUGAACCUAAGGCAGCGGUGAUGACAAAUGGGAUCAUCUCCCCUUUCUUUAAUCUGACCCGGGGAACUCGACAGGGAUGUUCAUUGAGCCCGUUAUUGUUUAUCAUUUUUUUUAGAGGUUCUGACGGUGUCAGUUAGAGCUCACCCUGGAAUUAAAGGAGUAAGGGGAGGUGAAACGGAGCAUAAAUUGUUGUUAUAUGCUGAUGAUAUCCUAGCGGUGGUUUCUGACCCUUUGUCGUCUUUGCCACAUCUUAUGGACACAAUACGAUCAUUUUCACAAUUUUCCGGUUAUUCCAUUAACUGGGGCAAAUCGGAGGCGAUGCCUCUCUCCAGGCCGUGUACUCCGUUCAUGGUGGAGAAAUUUAAUUUUAAGUGGGUGCGCAAGGGGAAGAAGUAUCUCGGCAUCAAACUUUCUGACGAUAUAAGUGAAAUGGUGGCAUUAAAGGGGACAUAUUAUGCUCCUUUUCAACAAGUUUGAAUAAGUCUCAGAGGUCCCCAAAGUAUGUCUUUGAAGCUUCUUGCUAAAAAAAUCGACUCCGAUCCUAUUUUUCAGCAUGCCUGUAAACCCUUCUUUUUCAGCCUUGUUCAGAACAGGCUGUUUCUGUGUCUGUAGCUUUAAAUGCAAAUGAGCUGUGCCUGACCACGCCCCUCUUCGGAAGGGGAUGCCGUUCGGGCUUCUGGCACCAUGCUCUAAUGUUUACGGUGACCGUGACAGGCGACCUGGCGUCGGUAGCGAUUUGGUUCAACCGCACGACUUUUAUCCAGAAUCUGACCCAGAGGGAAAGGCUGCUGAAGAAGUUCCAACUCUACAACUGCAGCAGGAAGUUUCUGAAUGGUUGGUAACCAAUUUUGUGUAUUUUGACAUUACAUUUUAAGUUUGUUGAUGAGUGCUGGCACACAGUUACUAACAUGUAGCUAGGUAGCUAAUGCUAACUGUUACUGUCUCGUCAUUACUGGGAGCUCUUUUGGUAAAUAAGCACUAUUGUGAAUUGAGUAAUGUAGUUAUCUGUCAUGCCUCUUAGAUAUACUUUUACAGUCUGAAAAUGUUUGUUGUAAGUGGACUGCUACAGGUGUUCAAUGUCAGUACUAGUCAGAUAUUUUAAUAGGUGCUGACAAAGUAAAUCAUUUUUUCUCCAUGUUUUGAGCAGAGAUGCUCAUCGUGACAUCUUCCUUUAUGUAGUAAAUUUAUUUUGUGUAUUACAAUGAAAGCUGUAAAUCAGCAUAAACAUGUCUGACAGCAACAGUAAUCUUUAGUCAAAGACUAAACUGCAGUUUUCUACACUACACUGUUGUCAAGCUCCACAUUAUAUGCAAUAAGUGACAUGUUAUAAAUUACCUAUGUUAUAUGCGCUUGAUAUGUAGCCAAGCUUACUUCUUACCCACCUUAGCUCCACUGUCUGUCAGUGUUUGAAUUUCACAAGCUUUAUAUUUUGGUGAAUGUUACCAUUUUUCUCUAUAUGUUGGACAGGUGCUCCUGUGGAAACUGUGCAACCAUGCCCACAGAAGCUGAGAACAUCUGCUGCUAGGAGAUACCACAGGUUACCAGAUGGCUAUGGGAGAUCGUGGAAGAUUUACCAUGUAUGGUAGACCGUCCUGGGUUGGAGCCGCUCUGCCUCAAUGUGUUCUGCCUGCAACAUGUACCGCACUGACUAUGGUCCUUUACGGUUGAGAGGAAUACACCAGUACGUUUUGCUUCUUUGUAAAAACAUAUAGUUUCAAUCUAAAUAAAAGAUGUUAGGCAGUCUUGUUUUACUUCAGUGCACAUCAUUUUACAAUGGUAAUAACGCCACAAAUAGAGUAACACACCCUCAAAUAAAUUAGUUUAGCUGCUCUUUGAUUUGUAAAGUUCUUCUAUCAGCAGAUAGUGUGCAUAUAAUAUAUGAAUUCAGAGGAGUCAUUUCUUUAGUAACAAUCAAGCAUUUAUUUACAUCAAAUGAGGGACUUAUAAUCAGUGAUAAUAAAAAAACAGUAGGAUUCACUGGAUCCAUAAAAAAAAAUUGUGAGACACAACAUAGAUAUAUGUUUGCAAGACUAAAUGCCCUGUCCAGUUGUUUUAGUCGGUACAGGUAUCUAGCCUAUAGGAGCUUUGUGAGCUGGUGCUUCCUUUGUCGCAGAAUCUUGGUCGUCAUUCCAGCCUGCCUGGUCCUACGCAUCCAUGCCGAGUUUCCUGACGCCACAUGCCAGUAUGUGGGUUUUACACUGCCCCAUGAUAGAACCGGGACACAUAGCUGGAUUUGACCUCCUCCUUCUCAGGCCGCUCGAACUGUGCAGUGAGGUCCUCUGGGAUGGGGAUGGCCAAAGCAGCUUCUGCGUAUGCUCCCAGGUCAACAAAGACUUUUUCAAAUAUGAGGUCCACCACAUUCCCUGUUUGAUAAAACACAAAAGAUUUUGUUUACAUUUUUCACUUUUUUUGUUGUUUUUUACAAAACAAUGACUGAAAGUCUGUUUCUAACUACCUCCUGACAUUUUCUUUACUGUAUUUUGUUGUUGAUGGAACUGUCAUAACAUUAUACGUGCAAUACUUAAUACAAUGUGUACAAAACAUUUUUUGGUUGAAAAAUAAAAUAAUAUAACACAGCUUUGGAAAUUGGA